ACCUCUCACAGGCUCUCAGCCUCUCACCCAACUAAGAAAGUUGUACAUUCAUUAUCCGCUUUAACCGCAGAGCUCUCUUUCUUACGAAUUCCAAAAAAUGGCUUCUUCUUCCCUCCUUCUUCCAUUAGGUUGUGUUUCUGCUAAAAGACCAUUUCCCAACUAUCAAACUAUAGUCCCACAUAGAGGUAAAUGUCUGAGAGUUCUAUGUACAACUUUGAAGGAUAGAGAGAAGACUCAAGGCUCAAGAGAAUAUGGAAAUUAUUCCUCUCCAAUUAAACGUAGGGACAUUCUUGGGUUUGCUUUUGGAAUCUCUGGACUCCUGUCCUCACUGGAUGCCAAGGCUGCAGGGUUGCCCCCAGAACAAAAGCCAAGACUAUGUGAUGAUGCUUGUGAGAAGGAGCUUGAAAAUGUAUCUAUAGUAACCACAGAAUCAGGCUUGCAGUACAAGGACAUUAAAGUUGGGGAAGGUCCUAGUCCACCUAUUGGUUUUCAGGUUGCUGCAAAUUAUGUUGCCAUGGUAUCAUCUGGACAAAUAUUUGAUAGUUCCUUGGAGAAAGGUCAACCUUAUAUUUUCCGUGUUGGAUCUGGCCAGGUGAUUAAGGGACUUGAUGAGGGGAUUUUGAGCAUGAAAAUUGGUGGGAAACGUCGACUCUACAUUCCUGGACCUCUGGCAUUUCCUAAGGGUCUCAAUUCAGCGCCUGGAAGGCCAAGAGUGGCUCCAAAUAGUCCUGUUAUUUUUGACGUGAGUUUGGAAUACAUACCAGGUCUUGAAGUGGAUGAAGAGUAAGAAUAUUCUAUGUACAUAUUUUGUUAUCCUACUCCACCACUUCACUUCUUUCAUUACAGGAAGUAGCAGAGAAACUUAUGUUGCAAGUGUUUCGGGUCCUCACAUUAUUCUUUUCUUCAUUUGUUGUAUAUGCCCAUUUGUGAAUUUCAUAACUGUGAUUUUGAAGGUCAAAGGCUUGACAUGAUCUCAUAAGCAUUGACAUUUUAAACUC